GGAAGCACUCAGUUAGCUACAUGCAUUCGCCAUUUUGCUGCCCCGACGUGUGCGCGUGUGUGUACGAAUGUGUGUGCGCGCGCGCGUAUGUGUGUGUAUGUGUGUGCUGGCUCCUCUAAAAGGCUGAAUACCUCCAUAGCCUCCCAACAACUCUCCAUCGGCUCCUCAGCUGCAGCUAAAGGAGGAAAUGUCCGCGUCUGCUGGCGGCGACACCGCCGCUGCUGCUGCUGCUGCUGCUGCAGCGUGAAAUGAGGCGGCUGGACGUCGCAGCGAUAGAUACAUUGAUAGUUUUGGCGUCGGGUUGAUGCUGAGGAAGGAGGGCCGGCAGAAAUGUAAGAUUGACCAACAGGACCUCCGUUCUCCACCGUCAGCCGCUCAAGAUGAAAGCACGGAGCGCAGAGGAACAUCACCGUCCUCGCUGGAGUGUGUCUUCCUCUUUGGAUUCUCAAAUGUGACGCGUCCAUCGGUCCGGCAACAAUGAUACCCGGAUUGAUCUCCCAGGAGGUGCACGACCAGCUUCUGGACUCCAAGAAUUACCAGAAUCGCACGGAUGGGGUGGAAAAGCUGAAGCGGAUCCUCACGGAGGUGGACAUCGAGUCGGUGCCACCUGGCAGCGUCGAGGAGUUCAUCAAUUUUCUGCCUCGGCUCCUGGAUGACAGUAAUUUCAAGGUGCUGCACGGCACCUUGCAGGUUUUGAACCUGCUAAUACGGAAGCUGGAGACGGGCGUGGACAGAUUUUUGAAACAUAUCGUCUUGGUUGCCCUGAGGGCGCUCGGCGACACUCGUGCCGUCACCCGGAACGAGUACCUUAAUGUGUUUCGGCAGCUGAUGAAAACCGUCGCACCCCAGCAAGUGUUGGACCUGGUCGUCGGCAACCUGAGACACAAGAACUCCAGGGUUCGGGAGGACGUCCUGAACAUCAUCAUGGCAGCCAUGCUCACUCAUCCGAGGAGCGAUUUCAACAUUCCCAAGCUCUGCUCGGAGGUCGCGCCCUCUUUGGCAGACAGCAAAAAGAAGGUCCGCCACGCCGCCCUGGAGUUGUUCGCCGUCUUCGACCACUGCCUUGACACGGGACAGAAGCAGCCGCUGAUGAAAGCCCUGGACCGGGUGGGGCUCAACGACGACGCCGAAGGCCUGAGGGCAGCUGUGCAGGCGAGACGAGCGCGCCGCAUCCUUCCAAAGCUCACCUCGGAGGGCAUCGUGGAGUACGGCCUGGCGGUGCCCAAACCUGGACAGUGGUCCGCGGGACAAUACGCUUCCGGCGCCGAUCUGGACUGGGUGAUCAACGGGGGGCGGACGAGCAGCGCCAGGAGCUUCAGGACGGAGCAGGACAGCGAUCGGCUGUGCGGCUACGGCAGCUUGGGCUCCCUGACGGACGACGCGCCGCUCCAGAGGAGGAUCGUCAGCGCGGGUAAAGGGAAGAACAAGCUCCCCUGGGAGACGUCCAGCUUCUCGUCGACCGAUAACGAGCUGCAGCAAUGCGCGACACCCAAUGGAAAGUGCUCUGGACAGGUUGCAAAGGAGGACGGCAGCGCUCUCCCUAAAAAGACAGAGACCUACGUACCAAGUUUCAGUUCUGCUGAGCCACAGAAGCUCCUGUCUCCCAGAAGGAGGGAAACCCCAGCGGGUCUCAGGAGAAGCGGGAGCCUCAACUUGGACACCGACAUCUUCAAAAACACAAACCUCUCGGACCCAGAUGUUGCGGCACCCAAAGGACGUAUGCUGUCGAGGAAUCCCAGCGUCGUCGAGCGAACCUUCUCUCUCCCCUCCAAUGCUUCCUCGCCCGCCUCCUUUCUUCUGCCUUCGUACCCCCUGGCUACGCGCACAGGGGGCAUGCUCACACCAACGCUGUCCCGCCAUCACGCAGACCCUUCCCUCUCCAUGUCCAACACCUGGCCCAACAAGCGGGAGAACAGCCCUCAACAGCAAGGAACGAGCCCACGGAGGGAGAAAGACGACGCGGCGGCGAGGGGAGAACUCUUCAGCAUGCAGUCCCCCAGGCCUCUUCGUGCCUCCCUCAUGAGUUCCUCUUCCGCCUCGUCGUUCAGGCGAGCUCUGAGCAGCACCAGGGCAACCUUCUCCAUCUCACCAGUGCAAGCCCAUUCCCAUGAGGGCCAGAGAUCAAACACCUCAGCCAGCCAGCAGCUGGAAGAUGACCCGAAUCUGGACCCUGACAGCGUUACUGCCUGGCAAGCCCCUCAGAGAAAUGACCCCCUGGACAUGCAAGAGAUGCAGCACUCCCUGCGCUCUGUGCGAAACAGCGCUGCCAAGAAGAGGGCCAAAGUGAGCCUGAGCAGUCCAGAUCCUGACAGUCCUGACUCGGCCGUGCGAAUAGACCUGGGUCUAGAGUCCCCGCUGCAAACUUCUCCCGUGCUUACCAGCUCAGCCAGCGAGAGCGGACUCUCAAGUCUGAGCUCGGCUGCCAACUCCAGCUUCAAUGGCAUCAAAACAAGUCCCAGGAGCUCUGCCUCUGCUGUGAUGAAGCCUCCCAUUGCAAGAGGGCCUUCUGAAAAACUACGGCCCUCUGUGUCGAUGGAUUUCAGCAGCUUUCAAGUAAAGUCUGAGGUGGGUGUCGUUGGGCAAAGAGUUCAUUACUGCAACGGAACAAUGAAAACCGAGGAAGAGAAAAUGGCUCCGUCUCCUCCGCUGGUCAGACCAGCUGUCCGAGAACCGGUCAGAGCUUUGAAGCUUGCCAGAGAGUCCCAGGGCAUCAACAGUUCUAGGAAUUCACCCGACGCCGACUUACCUGGAGGAGUGAUCGGAAGAGGCGUGCGUGGCUCCACGGUGUCCUGCAGCCGUCCAGGAGUUGCUUUGUCACUUGAGCAGGGGGAUUUGGCUGCCAAACCUCCCACUGAUCCCUCAGCAGGCGUCUACAGCGGCCGGCUAGAUGGCGAUGACAGCUCACUUCCUGACGAGGUCAAGGGAAAGGUGAGAAACAAUAGAAGAGGUCGGGAUAAGACAAGACCGAAGAACCUGGAUCAUUUUGAGGAAGUGUCUGAUAGAGGGGAAGAAACAAGGGAAGAGAUUCGCCAUCGUGUCAGACAGCUGCUGUCCAAUUCACCUGCAGCAGAAAAUAAUGAGUCCAUCGUCAAAGACUUGAACGGCAGCACGCUGACAUCCACAAGGUCAGAGCUUCUCUCCGACGAAUCCUCCAUCAGUGCCACCAGUCCUGCCAGUCCACCAGAACCCCAAAGUCCGCUAAAGUGCUUGACCACACCGCACCAUCCAAGCCCCCCUACGGCGCCUCCCAACGCCAAAAAUGUGUCCCGCCUCAGAAGAGCACCGAGCCUCAGCAGAACCCGACCUUCUCUGUCCCACAGUUCAGAUGAGCUUUGCCAUGCCACUUUGAGACACAAGAAGAAUCUGUCCGCACCUUCAGAGCUCUGUCCCUUUUCAAAACCCGAGCUGGUGCUGACACAGAGUUUCAACCUCCUGAAUUCAGAAGACUGGGAGAAGAAGAUAGAGGGUCUGAUGUUCCUGCGCUCUCUCGCUUACAACCACGCAGACACGCUUCAGGGCAGGCUUCAUGAAGUCUGUCUGUGUCUCAUCCAAGAGGUGAGGAACCUGCGCUCAGGCGUGUCCAGGGUGGCAGUCUGUGCGCUGGGCGACCUGUACACACACCUGCAGAGACUAAUGGACCAAGAGCUGGAGGGGACAGUGAAAGCUUUGCUGCAGAAGGCUGGGGAGAGUAACACUUUCAUCAGGCAGGAUGUGGAUGCAGCGCUGGACUGCAUGGUGCAGCACUGCACCCCGACUCGCAGCAUCGGGGCGUUACUCACUGGAGGAAUCAGUCACCUUAACCCAGUGGUGAGGAAAUGCACCGCUCAGCAUCUGGCUAAUCUCUUGGAGAAGGUCGGCGCUGCCCGCCUCUUGUCCGGAGGUAAAGAUUUCACUGAGAGACUUUUACCUGCCAUCACUAAACUUUCCCAAGACUCCUCCCAGGAGGCCAGGUACUUUGGUCGUCGAAUGCUGCUGUCUCUGUCAUCCCACCCUGACUUUGACAAGCACCUGGAAAAAUAUAUCACAACCAAAGACCUGCAAGCCGUCAGAGACACCAUCCUGACUCUCAGGACAAAGGGUCUGGGUGAGAUGCCCCAAGAUUCUCAGUCGGCUCGAGGAAGACGCUCUCUCCCAGGCAGCGGCACGGUCAGGGCUUCGUCUCUCAACGGAGAGCAACUCAACCAGACCAGCAGGGAGCCCAAUAGUAACUACAGCUGUAAACAUCAGACGCAGAGUAUUGCGGACAAAACCGAAUACAUAAAGCAGAUCUCGGGUCUGCUGGGUUCAAAGGACUUCCGGGAGCGGAUCAAAGGCAUUGAUCAGCUAGUGGCUGACUGCGAGCACAACCCCAACGUGGUCAUCAAUAGCAUGUUUCCGGUGUUCGAUGCCUUUAAAGCCAGGCUGCAGGAGUCCAACAGCAAGGUUAACCUUUACGCCCUGGAGUCUCUACCAAAAAUAACCCGUUUGCUGAAGGACAGCUUGUCCCAAGUGGUUAACAUCCUGGUUCCAGCGAUUGUGGACAAUCACCUCAACUCUAAGAACAAUGCCGUCUAUUAUGCUGCUAUCGGCGCUGUGAAUGCGCUUAUUUUGAAUCUUGAUAAUAUUCUCCUCCUUCAGCCUUUCUGCACCAAGGCUCAGUUUUUAAGCGGCAAAGCUAAGGUGGAUCUUAUCGAAAAGGUUGCAGGCCUCGUUACGGAGCUCUAUCCCCGCAAGCCUCAGAUGGUGGAGCAGAAAGUCCUCCCCUUACUGUGGCACCUCCUGGGUACCUCCACCCACAGCAGCAGCAUCCACGGCAGGGGUGGCAGCGUCAGGAGUGCUACGGCCAAGCUGUGCCAAGCCCUUCGCGCCCAAAUGGGGACGAGCCUGAGCGAGUUUGCUGCCACGCAGCCUGCUAACGUGCAGAAAGGUUUAAACGAGCUCCUGAAGACCUUAAAGUAAAGGAAAGGCAAGAUCCAAACGCUGAAAGAGAACAUCGAGACUGAUCUUACUUGAAACAUGAAAUGUACGUUUCUUAUAGUGCCUGCACUUUUGUAUGAAUAUAUAUAUUAAAAAAAAAAGAAAGUCUUAAACAUCUUAGGUUGUUCCAAUUAUUUUAUCAGUGACGUUUACUCUGGUGAAUAAAUGUUAACACACCGACAUCAGGUCUUACUCUUACUCAACCUGCUCUCUCUGCACUUUGAAAAGUAGCUCAUCGUCUGAACGUUCCUCCGUUACGUACUGUUGACAAAUCAGAGACACUAAUACAGAAUGUAAAAACUGAAAUGCACAAAAACAAGGUUAAAGAAGACAGGGACCCCAAAGGUGUAUAUUUUUGCUGUUUUAUCAAAAGGUGAUGUGAUAUUUUUGAAAUGCCAUGCUGAUGAUUUGAAGAUUUGUGACGAGAUUAACAAAAAAAAAGAAAAAAAAAGGUACAAAAUACUUUUGUACAGCUCAGUUGUGUAUUUGCACAGUAUUAGCUUAAUGUUUAAGUAUGGUGUAAAUUGAUGGUUAUAACUUAUCUAAUGUGUAAUGGUCUGAAAGUCAUAUUAAUAAUGUGUUGAGUUUGUACUCUUAAUUUCUUUGUUUGCAUGACCAAAACUUCAAACUUGUACAAUCUUUAUGGGAGGGUGUGUCUACACAGGAACUAGAACAAGGUUGGGAAAAUGAGUUUUUACACCCGUGAUUGCCUGAGAAACAGUCAGAAGUUGGCUCUGUUUCCGUCUCUGUAUCGUGCCAGUCUUCAAGUAGCCUUUUAACGGAAAUGUUAAUUUAUAUUUAACCGGUUUGUGAACUAAAGGAAAGAGAUAUACGAAUAAACGGUUUUAUUUCCCUAAUA